UGGCUGUGCAGGUCAACUUGGCAAAUGACGAAUAACGAAUGAAAAUUUUGGCGCAUCAUCGAACACGUAACCACUGAGAGUAGCUGCUUCGUUCAUGUCUGCUCUCUAGUUUCCGACGUUAGACCAUCUCGACUUUUCUAUGGGUUACCUCUCACAACCAGCACUUAAAAAUCUCAAAAAAUAUUCCUAUAAAGGUGUAGAUGAAUCUUUGGUUUCACAUUAUCUCCUCACCCCAUAUUGGAACUGGUUCAUCAAGCUCUUUCCACUCACCAUCGCUCCAAAUACCGUAUGUUAUCAACACUUAGCUCUUCGCCCCAGUCAAAUCAAUCUCGUUCAGAUAACCUUGCUUGGCCUAUGCAUCGUCGUUUUUAAUGUCGUCACGCUACUAUAUUAUGACCCGCUUUACUUGACCGAGAAGGAUGGAGCAACUGGGCCCCCUCAGUGGAUCUACUUUACAUGGGCGAUCGGCUUGUUCAUGUACCAAAGUUUUGAUGCAGUAGAUGGGAAGCAGGCGCGGAGAACGGGAAUGGCUGGUCCUUUGGGAGAAAUGUUUGAUCAUGGUUGUGAUGCGCUCAACACUACACUCGAGGUCGUUCUUGCGUCGCGUGCGCUCAAUCUUGGCCGCUCGUGGUGGACUGUUGCGUCGCAAAUAGCUACCCUUGCCAACUUCUACUUGACCACAUGGGAAGAAUAUCAUACUGGAAUAUUGUACCUCGGUCCUUUUUCAGGUCCAGUAGAGGGUAUCUUAAUGAUCGUGAUCAUCUAUGUUAUAACGGGAAUAUUCGGCCCCACAUUCUGGGACAAGAAACUCUUGGCUUUCACCCGUCUGGAUAGAAUACCCCAAGUUGUUCAGCACGUUCCUAACAUUGGUCUUAAUGAGUCUUUCAUGGUUUUCGGUGCUUUUGCUCUGGCUUUCAAUAUCUUCUCGAGCUACCGCAACGUCAUCAAAGCCACCAAAUCUGACGGGAAGUCGAGUCUCAAACCUCUCGUCUACCUCUUACCCUUCGUUGUUUCGGCGAUCCUGCAAAUCUUUUGGUUGCUGAGCCCCUCUUACCAUGACUCCGCCAUCAUUCACUCACCACUCUUCCUACCGUUUCUUUGCGCAUGGGGCUUACAGUUCGCUCACCAAGUAGGGAGGAUGAUCUUGAGCCAUAUUACACGUGCACCGUUUCCCCUGUGGCACAGCAUGUGGGUAUGGAGUGUUGUCGGGGUGCUCGAUGCCCAGCUCCCGUUCCUAUUUGACAGGCCCUCACUAAUACAGUCAACACCAAAGCGAACGGCGGUGUUUAUCUACCUGACGCUCGCAGUUUCCCUCCUCACUUAUGCACGCUUCUGCGCGCUAGUGAUUAAGGAUAUCACGGAGUUUCUCGGUAUCGCUUGUUUUACUGUGCGCAAGAAGGAUGGGGAGGGCGUGUGGAGGGAGACGCGUGAUAUCCAGCAGGAUGGGUAUGUGAAACGGCUUUGACGAGAGUGGUCAAAAAUUGGGACAUGGACGAGUUUCUCGUCUAUACUCUGGCGCGGAUUGUAGUAUCGAUCUAGAUUCAUUGCUUUGACUACCAAAUACUGUUGCUCGAAUAUGACUCUCGGCGUGACACAAUAGUUCAGACACUAUUAACCGGAGGAAUAUUUA